CCAGGACCCUCCAGCGCGCACGCGCCAGCCGCAUCCCUUGUGGUUGUCCGGCGUCCGAAGUGCCCGCGUUCGUCAUGUCGGCGUCCGUGGUGUCCGUCAUCUCGCGGUUCCUGGAGGAGUACUUGAGCUCCACUCCGCAGCGGCUCAAGUUGUUGGACGCCUAUCUCCUUUAUAUACUGCUGACCGGGGCGCUGCAGUUCGGCUACUGUCUCCUCGUGGGCACCUUCCCCUUCAACUCCUUCCUCUCCGGCUUCAUCUCUUGUGUGGGCAGCUUCAUCCUAGCGGUUUGUUUGAGAAUACAGAUCAACCCCCAGAACAAGGCGGAUUUCCAAGGCAUUUCUCCAGAGCGAGCCUUCGCUGACUUUCUGUUUGCCAGCACCAUUCUGCACCUUGUCGUCAUGAACUUCGUCGGCUGACCUGCUCCCGUUUCCUAAGUUGAGGAGUUGGAGUCUGGCAGAAUGUUCACUCUUUGACGUCCCUGGAUAAGAAUUCUUGAGAUGGCAGCUUGCUGAACAUUGACUCUCCGAUCUGUGCUUAACUGUGCCGCUCGCUGGGUAUGAGGUUGGGGAGUCCAGGGAACUCCUUUGCUCUGUCUGACCAACUUCCCAGGCAGUCUGCCUUCCCUUCAGUGUAACCCUUACUUUCCAAAUUAAAAACCGUUUCUCUGCCACUCCUA